AUGAUGGUGGAUACGUGGAUACCUGGUAUCCCCGGCAUCCCCGUCCUGGGCGAUUGGGUACACGAUUAUCCACUACCCACCGUGGAGAGCCAUCGACGCGGCAGCGGUAAGGAGGAGGACACCACCGCGUCCGUCCAGCCCAAGGGAGGUCCAUCGCACGGUCCCCCCCGGUCGAUCAGUGGACCUGACGAGACCGAAAUCCCAGGCGUCACGUAUUGUCAAGCGAUGGAGCGCUAA